UGUAAGGGGACCCUGUCUGUCCAACAGCUGCAGGUGAUUUCUAAUCUUUAACAACAAGACCGACAUUACGCAUAUCAGGCGACAGCCACAACAAGGCCACAUUCGACGGCAGACCAACUCACAUGGACGAACGAAUGCGGCACAGUCUGCACAAUGAAUGAGACGAAAAUUCCACAAACUGAAGCUAAGAAAGCUGAUGAAAACAACGGGCCACGGCUGACGCAAGACGGUGACACAGAACGGGCAACCAAAGUCACAGCAGAACAACACGUGAAUUCUCUCACCACAUCAGUGCAGCAACCAGCCAAUCAGUUGUCCAGAAAGAAGGAAGAAGGCGGUGCUAGGAAAUUGCCAGGGUUACAGUCGAGUCAGGAAGAAGUGAACACAAACAGCUUGACGUCGACUGUGACAUCCAGUGCGUCUGUUCACGUGCCUGCUGCAAGCACAGUGACUUUGAGUCGAGCUGCUGACACUCAGAAGAGAAACGCUGUGGCGCAGUCUUGGCCAUCGGUUAACAACAACGUCACGAAUGCUUCGCAUUCGAAUCCUGGAAUACAAUCGGCGGGUCCUCGUCCUGUUGUGAUGGGAAGAUUGAGUAGCGCAGUGUCUCCUAUGAAGACAGUGUCGCUGGUGACGAGUCGACAGUCGCCCUCUUUGUCUUAUUCGCCGCGUCCCAUCGCCAUGAAGCCGAUGCCCGUGCAGCAGGCAGUGGCCGUUCGGCAACUCAAUCUUGUUUCGUCGAGCACGCCGGUGAGAACCGUUUCGGCACAAGUUGUUCCUGUGCUGAGUGUCGUGCCGACGACGCAGUCUCUGACAAACAUACAGUCUCUCAGCAGCAUUCAAGCUCCAGCAACAGGAGCUACAACUCACACAUCUAAUCCGGUUGUUAUACUGGCACCUCAUUCGUCUGGAGGUGUAACAGUGCUUCCCGCCGGUACAAUAUUUCAUCCUGGCACGACAAGCACAGUGAACAAAUCUGACCCAUCUAAAGCAGUUGUUAAGACCACGACGGCCGUUAUGAUAGCAUCAACCAGCACCGUUGCCUCAGGAUCACAAACAGGCAGCGUCUCUUUGCCAUUGGGUGUUCGUCAUAUCGUCAUCAGCUGUGAACAGCAACAGUACCUACAACGACAAGGACAUCACAUUGCGACUGUAGUCACUCCCCAGCAGCUACUGCAGCCGAGCAAGGUAGCACUCCCUCAGAAUGUACAGUUGGCGACCAAACAAGCUUCUAUAAUCCAACCGUCGAGGACGUUGGUUCACAUCCAGCCGAAGCCGUCGCAGAUACAGCAAGUGCCGGGAGCAGCUGUCCAAGUCACACAAAGCUUAGCAAAUAUAGCAGCUGCGACAUUGAUUAGUGUUGCACCCUCGCAGGUUGCUGGGACUCUCAGUGUGCCGGCUGGAACACAUGCUGUUGCUGCUGGCAGUACUGCUGUUUUACCUGUAGUAACAAUUGCAAAUUCGUCGGCAUCGGAACAGAAAAUAGUCGAUCCAUUGAUCGAUGCUCAAAUUUCAGCAAAACCGAGAAAGAAAUGCAACUGUUCGAGAUCACAGUGUCUCAAGCUUUAUUGCGAGUGCUUUGCUAAUGGCGAGUUUUGUGACUACACAUGCAACUGCCAGAACUGUCGUAACACACUGGAGCACGAAGACGAACGAAGCAAAGCCAUCAAGCAGUGUCUUGACAGAAAUCCUCACGCUUUUCAUCCUAAAAUCGGCAAAUCACGAGCGGAGAACGCUCAUUCCCGGUCUCACAUAAGAGGUUGUAACUGCAAGCGAUCCGGCUGUUUGAAGAACUACUGCGAAUGCUAUGAGGCUAAAGUUUUGUGCACGAAUUUGUGUCGUUGCGUCGGUUGUAAGAAUUUUGAGGAGAGCCCGGAGAGAAAGACUCUCAUGCAUCUAGCAGAUGCGGCCGAGGUUCGUAAACAACAGCAGCGGGCAGCUAAGGCGCAUUUAUCAUCACAGAUAGACAACAUACCAACGAGACUUCCAGCUGCUAGUACAAGCGAAAGAUUACCGUUUAUGUUCAUCACUUCUGACAUAAUCGAAGCGACUUGCAAGUGCCUCCUAACGAAGGCUGAGGAAGCAGAAGAGAGCGUGGUACCUCAGAAUGCCGAGCGAGCAGUUUUACAAGAGUUUGGACGUUGUCUAACGCAGAUUAUACAGGCAGCUAACAAAGCUAACAGGCAACAAAGCUUAUAAUUUCUGACAUCAGUCUAGUCAAAUAGAAUGGAACGACGAUAUAAUUGGACUUCAGCUGUAGAUAUGCUCUCUACCACUGAUUAACUUCAGCCUAUCGCAUACGGGUCUUGAAAUUUUGUGUGGUCACGUUGCGCAACGGUGGCUAUGGCCUGCCGUUGUUUUACACUGAGAAACGUGUAGUUACUGAGGUCCUAUAUUCAUUACGUAACUAUUAACACUGGAUGGUAUUUUUAUUACGUAUUACAUAAAUGUUUUGCUUCGUUUCCGCUUUACUUCCGUUUGUUACCUCGUGGCGGUCGCGUGCGGUGGUGAUUAGUAGGUGUUCGUGGCAACCGUCAGUGUACAAGUGUACAAGCAGACUCCGUAGGAAUGCAAGUGCAAGACGAAGACGAAGACUAUCUUCGAAGCGUUUCAGAGCAGGUUUGAGUGUUGUCAGAAUGGUUGAAGACUACAGAUUACAGUGAAGACGUCUCCAUAUAGCUGGUAGACCUUCACGUCCUAGUCAUUCCUCGUCACUUUUGGCGCAAUGACGUUCAGUGGACUUACAAUAC